AUGGCUGGAGAUGGUCCCAAGUACAGCGUAGAGGAACGAGGCUCAAUUUAUUCGCUCGACUACCGGCUCUUCUUCAAGGGCCCGAAUGGCUACAUCUCGCCCUGGCACGACAUCCCGCUGUUUGCCGAUGAAGCGGCGAGAACCUACAACAUGAUUGUGGAAAUUCCGAGGUGGACGAACGCCAAGAUGGAGAUUGCCACCAAGGACCCGCUCAACCCGAUCAAGCAGGACGAGAAGAAGGGCUUGCCUCGUUUCGUGCACAACAUCUUCCCGCACCGUGGCUACAUCUGGAACUACGGAGCCCUUCCACAGACCUGGGAAGAUCCUAACCACACCGUGCCCGAGACCGGAGCCAAGGGAGACAAUGACCCGAUUGAUGUCGUCGAAAUCGGAAGCGUUGUCCGAAAGCGAGGCGAGGUCGUCCCUGUGAAAGUCCUGGCAACAUUGGCUCUACUGGACGAGGGAGAGACCGACUGGAAGCUUGUUGCCAUCGCCCUCGACGAUCCGCUAGCCGAUAAGUUGAGCAACACGGCCGAUGUUGAGAAGCAUUUUCCCGGCUUGUUGCAAGCUACCUUCGACUGGUUCAAGCAUUACAAAAUCCCGGCCGGGAAACCGGCCAACGAGUUUGCCUUCAACGGCGAUUACAAGGAGGCCGACUUUGCGCACAAGGUGAUUGCCGAGACGCACGAGUUCUGGAAGAAGCUGAUGGCAGAGCCUACACCGAAGCUCAACACGCAGUCCGUGUUGCCGGAUGCGGUCCACCAAACUACUUACGAGGCGCGUAUCGAAGAAGUGCAGAAGCAGCCGGCUCUUGGCCAACCCGCAAACCUACCCGGUGACGUCGACAAGUGGCAUUUCAUCAAGUUC